AUGGUGGAGGAGGCGGUGCGCGCGGUGCUGGAGCGGCUCCUGCUGCGGCUGCAGCCCCCGGCCGGGGCCGGGCCGGGGGGGGGGACGCUGCUGGUGGCGCUGGCGGCCGAGGGGGACGCGGGGGACGGCGGCGCGGCCCGCUGCACGGUGACCGGCGCCGGCGAGGCCCUGGCCCCCCUGGGCGCCCGCGACGCCCCCCCGCGCGCCGUGGCCCCGUGCUGCCGGCGCGUCCUGGAUCGCGCCCCGCUGCGCGCGGCCUUCGAGCUCAGCGCGCGCCGCGGGACGCUGCGGCCCGGCUGCGUGGCUCUGCGGCGCUUCAUCCACGGCACCAGCGUGGCGCGCCCGGAGCUCGCCUUCCACUACUGCUUCCGCGUGGACGGCGCCGCGUCCUCGCACGCCUACGGGCCGCCGGGCGCCGGGGACGUCCCGCUCUGCGGCAAGAUCCACCCGGUGCCGGGAGCCGCCAUCGCGCUGCGGGUGCCGCCGGCCGCCGCCGCCGCCGGGCUGGGCGGGGAGCUGAGCGUGGUGCCGGCGGCCGCGCUGUGCCCCUGCCUGCGCCAGUACCCCAACCUGCCCGCGCGCCUCGCCGCCGUCGCCAUAUCCUGCGGGACCGGACGGGGCCCGGGGGGGCCGGGGGGGCCGGGCCGCACCGUUGCUCGCCUUGACCGGCGCCACGUGUUCUGCUUCGACCCGGCCGGGCUGCCGGCGGCGCCGAGCGGCUCCCGGCUGCUCCGCGACCCGUCGUGGCUGGCGGACUGGGGCCGCUUCGGCUGCGCCGCGGCGCCGGCGGCCGUGCCGGCGGGCGAGGAAGACGUGGUGCCGCCCGCCGCCGCCUUCGCGCUGCAGCCCGGCGCGGCCGCCGGCCGCCCGCAGACGCUGCUGCUCUUCCUCUUCCUCCGCCGCGCCGACCCCUUCCAGGGCUACGACGCCUGGGCCCGGCGCCUGCUGGCGUCGCAGCUGGAGGCGACGCUGCGGAGCAGCCGGGAGGCCCUGGGCCGCGGGCUGCGGGCGCUGCUGCACCCCGUGCUGGAGGCGCUGGGCCGCCGCGCGCAGAGCCAGGCGCGCCUGGCCCGCUGCCUGCCCGUGGCCCUGCAGGCCGUCACCGCCGUGGCGGCCGCCAGCUCCAGCGCCCGCUUCCGCCGCCGCUGCCUGCGCGCGCUGCAGGCCGCCGACACCCCGGCGCUGGCCGCGGCCGCCCGGCGCAGCCUGGACGACGUCACCCGCCGCCGCCGGGUGCCCGCCGGCUCCUGCGACGCCGCCGCGGUGGGGCCCCCACCCGAGGCUGCCGGCGAGGGCAGCGGGGAGGCGGCUGCAGGGCAGGACGGGCCCCCCCGGCCCCCCAGCCCGGACGCCGACGACGCUCCCCCGGACGCCGGGGCCCCCCGGACGCCUGGGCCCCCGACGCCGGCCGAGGGGGCCGCGUGGCUGCGGGAGGUGGCCAACCUGGCCGAGUGGGCGGCCUGA